GACUUCGACUUUGACCUCAAAUUCAUCUCGGAAUUUAUAUUCAGAGCGGCUUGGUAUAUGCUUGAAUACUUCCUAGAUAUCGAUCGUCUCUUUUCCAAAUUUGUCUUUCGUUUCAAUAUCUUGAUUGAAUCUCUUGUAACUCAGGUUCGUCUACAUGCGAUCGAACUUCCGUCGCACAUAGAUGUUACCACGAUGAUGCGCAAAUUAAAACGCAAGUCUGAAGGCGACUUGCCGAAUUCGAGGUCUAAAACUCGCAAGAAUGGUUCGUACAGAACUGACAUGAAUGUUUCAGAUCAGGAGGAGGACUCUAGUGGUGUUCCGGAUCAGUUUGAUAGGAAGGUUUUGAAGAGAGAUGGGAAAGAGAAAAAGAGGGAGAAGAAAGGAGAAAGAAUGUCGGAGCCUGCUAGGAUUGGUGAGAGGGAAUUGGGAGAGAGGGAAAAAGAUGAGGAUGAGGACUCGGGACAAGAGGCUAGCAAUGAAUUUCUGGAGCUUGAUAAUCUUGAGAGGAAGAAAAAGAAAAGUGCGGAGAGAGCGAAAGCGCAGUUUAUGGAGAAAUUUAUUGGGUCCGUGGAGAGAGAUGUGAAGGACUUCAAGGAAUCGGCGGCAGAAUUGGAGAGAGAGGAUUCGGUUGAAAGUAUGGAGUUCCUGGAAGGCUUUCAUGCUGCUUAUUCUUUGUCGGCGCCAUUCAAAACUGACUCUUAUGAUUUCUCAUUGAAUCACAGAAGAGGUCAAAACAUGAUUACACGAGCGUUAGAGUUAAACUCCCACUUCGAUAAGCUGGCAAAGAAGGAUAUCGCAAAGGAGCUUGCAGGGCUGUUUAGUAACGAAUGGGGCAAAGAGGAUGAAGAGAUUGCUAAGAUGCUUGAACUGGGAAAAAUCGUUGGGCUGAAUAAAUUCGAGUGUAUUGUGAAUGCUUCAGAUCCGGAGAUCUUGGAGACAAAUGCACUUGAAGCUUCGAAGAAAUUCUACCCAGCUGUUGAGGGGGGAGGAAGUUCUGGGUGGGGCAAGGAGGCGAAGAAACAUGAGAGGGCUCAUAAGAAGUUACUCAAGGCUUUUGAGAGCAGGAGUUGAGUGGUAGUUAGAGAGGGAUCGGGGAACGGAAUGAGAUGGGAGAGUUAUAGAAAUUGCUCAAUGUCUUUUCAGACUUUGCUAUCUUGGCUGUUGGGACAGGUAGCCGUAUCAUCGUAUGCAUAGUCUCUUGUAUUUUAUCAUUCUUGAGAUGCUUUACUGUAGCAGCUGUAAAAUGAAUCCUGUUCGUGGACCUAGCGAACUUUGCUGAGCA